AUGUUAGAAGCACUUGCUGUGGACGAAGAAGAGGAGCUGAACUCUGUUGCUGAUUCAUUGGACCAUAUCCAGUGGAACGAAUUUUCUAACAGGCAACAAUCAUUUACGUUCACCGGAAAAAGUGGCCUUCUCAUGGAUUUGCCGUCUGACAUUCGGGCAAGUGAAGUAUUUACGCUUUUCUUGAAUGAAAAGCUGAUAAGCCUUUUAGUCACGGAGACCAACAGAUAUGCAGAGCAAAAAUUGCAACAAGAAAUGACUGAACAUGCUCGAUUGAACAGGUGGAAACCCACCAAUUCUGCAGAAAUAAAUAAAUUUAUAGAACUGAUGAUUUGGAUGGGUCUGGUACAGACACCGCUCGUUAGAUGUUGA